GGACGUUGACGCUCGUGGAUAAAAACAUACAAUCAUGUCGGACGUGAGCUCGCGAUCGAGUGACAAGCACGGGAAAGCACCUGGAGUCGUUGCGGUUCAGGAUGAUUCUGCGCCUUCGUACGAUCAAGAGAGCAAUGUAGAUAUCCCCCAUACGAGCGAGUCGCGCAAACAGAUUGGUCUCAUCAGUGCGAUCUUCCUCAUCUUCAACCGCAUGAUCGGUACCGGAAUCUUCUCCACCCCAAGUACCAUCCUCUCCCAGAGUGGCAGUGUCGGCCUCGCACUCUUCAUCUGGUUCGGCGGAAUGCUGAUCGGAAUGGCCGGUAUGGCAGUAUAUGUCGAGUUCGGAAGUAAAAUCCCUGUCAACGGCGGGGAGAAGAACUACCUGGAGUUCGUGUACCGGAAGCCUCGGUUCCUCGUAACGGGACUUUAUACCGGAUAUGUCAUGCUCCUCGGCUGGGCAGGAUCGAAUAGUGUCGUGUUUGGAGAGUAUAUCCUCAACGCCGCAAACGUCGAGGUCAAUCGCUGGAAUCAGCGUGGUAUCGGAUUGGCUUGUGUCACCUCCGCAUUCCUCAUCCACGGUCUUGCUCUGAAAUGGGGACUGCGUCUCCAAAACGUGUUGGGCGUAAUCAAGCUCAUCAUCCUCCUCAUUAUUAUCGUCGCAGGUUUCGCCGCGCUGGGGGGCCAUCUCAAAGUCGACAAGCCCGACAACUUCUCCAAUGCAUUCGAAGGCACGACUGGGUCAGCUUACGGUGUCGUCAACGCACUCUACAACGUAAUCUGGUCCUACAUCGGAUACUCUAACGCAAACUACUCCAUGUCCGAGAUGAAGAACCCCAUCCGCACCCUCAAGAUCGCGGCGCCCACAGCGAUCAUCAUCGUCGGAAUUCUCUACAUGCUCGCAAACAUCGCAUACUUCGCCGCUGUCCCCAAAGCCGAAAUAAUGUCCUCCGGCCGCAUUCUUGCCGCCUCAUUCUUCCGCAACGUCUUCGGUCCCCGCGCAGAGCGUGCCCUGUCAGUCUUCGUCGCCCUCUCCGCCUACGGAAACGUCCUGUCGGUGAUCUUCUCCCAAGGCCGUCUCGUUCAAGAACUCGGCCGCGAGGGAAUCCUCCCCUUCUCCUCCCUCUGGGCGAGCAACAAACCCUGCAACGCACCCUUGAUGGGUCUCUUCGAACACUGGAUCGUCUCGGUAAUUAUCAUGCUCGCUCCACCCCCAGGAGACGCCUACAACCUCAUCCUAAACGUCAUCUCCUACCCCCUCUCCAUCGUCAACGUCUUCGUCUCCAUCGCCCUCAUCUGGCUCUACACCCACCGCGCCGCCUACAACUGGUACCCAUCCCUCUCCGCAACCCUCCCCGUCGCAAUCUUCUUCCUCCUCUCGAACCUAUAUCUCGUUAUUGCGCCUUUCGUACCGCCCGAGACUGCGGCUCAGAAUGUGUAUAAGAGCUUACCGUAUUGGUUGCAUUGUGUGAUUGGAUGGGGAGUUAUUGCAGCUGGAGGGGUUUAUUGGUUGGUUUGGGCGGUGAUUAUGCCGUGGUGGGGUGGGUAUAGGUUGGAGAAGGAGGUUGUUGAGGCGCGUGAUGGGUGGACGAGGAAGAGGUUUGUUAAGGUUCAGGUUGCUAAGGGGGAGUAGAUUUAUGGUUCUCUGGGGUUUAUGUAGGUUUGGAGUUGUACGUUAAUGCGCAU